AUGGCACCGCCGAAAUACCGAAGUCUACUGGAGCUCGCGAUUCAACGAUCGCAAUGGACGUGCUCGAAAUGUACUCAGACGAAUCGAUCGAUGCAAUGGCGAAAGCAGUUCUCCCGCAGUCUGCAAACAUCUUCAAAGGCACGAGAGGAACAGGCUCCCACAAUGGCACAGAUGAGGAAGCCGUUUGAGCAGAAGAAUAAGAAUACACUCUACUAUGCCAUAUCGAUCAUCCUUGGAACAGUUGCGCUCAGCUAUGGCAGCGUACCACUAUACAAAACGAUCUGUCAACAGACUGGCUGGGGAGGACAACCGAUCAAAUCCGCAGCGCACGCAGGGCCCGAGACCGAAGACGAUGUAGCCGCGAAGCUCACGCCCGUAACAUCCUCGAGACGACUUCGAAUCACGUUCGCUGGAUCUACAUCAGACAUCCUACCCUGGAAGUUCACGCCGCAGCAACGAGAAGUGAGAGUAUUGCCAGGAGAGACUGCAUUGGCGUUCUAUACAGCCACGAACCAAAGUAAAGAUGAGGACAUUAUUGGAGUCGCUACAUACAGUGUGACGCCUGCGCAGGUGGCGCCGUACUUUAGCAAGAUUCAGUGCUUUUGCUUUGAGGAGCAGCGGUUGAAUAAGGGUGAGACUGUGGAUAUGCCGGUAUUCUUCUAUAUCGACCCGGACUUCUUGAAGGAUCCUACGAUGAGGAAUAUUGAUACGAUUACGUUGAACUAUACCUUUUUCAAAGCAAGGUAUGACAAGGAUGGUCAUCUUGCUCCCGUACCAAUGCCUAACUAA